AUGGCUCGUAAGUGUCAUGUGUUUCUGCUGGGACUGAUCUUUCUCUCUUCACUUCUCACAGGUUCCAGUGGAGUGGAUGAGACUCAUGUGUUCAUCAGUUCUGGUGAAAAUGUCCGUCUGCCCUGUAAUAAUGCUCUUCCUGACUGCAGAUCAACUACAUGGCUCUAUAACAGAUUCAGAGAUUCAGCAGCAGUUGAACUGAUUGGUUUAGGGAUAAAAAAGAAUGACACCGAUAGACAUGAGAGACUGAGUCUGGGGUCUGACUGCUCUCUGAACAUCAAGAACGUCACAAAAGAAGAUAAUGGAUCUUACAGCUGCCAACAAUGGACAGGUCUGCAAGGACAACAAAAACAGCAAGGAACUGAUGCUCGUGUUUUUCCUCAUGUCCUUCAUGUCUCUUCCUCACAGACUGAGAUCAGUGCAGGCCGCUCUGUGACUCUCUUCUGUCAGUUGUAUUCAUAUACUGCAGACUCUUGUGAUGUUUGGAUCCGUUCUGAGGGAAUCGAUCUGUUCUGGGUGAAUCAGGCUGGUGUUAAACUGACGAGAUCAGACUCCAGCUAUCAGAUAUUAUUCUCAUCUGAUCACUGUAUCAUCACACUGAAUACAACACUCCCGAAUGAAGAUGACAAUAGAGAGUGGAGAUGUGAAGUUACUCAAAGAGAUCAAGUCAAAACCUCAGCCAUAUAUACUGUCAAGAGUUCAGCUCAAGAUGAUACACUAUCACCAGUGAUUUCAGUCCACACCACAAAAGUGAUAGUGAUUAUUUUUGAGUUUGCAGCAUUUGCUGCUUCUACUGUGAUUCUUCUUCAGAUCAUCUGUGCAAGACGAGCUGGUGAGUAUUUGAGAUGAUUCACAUAGAUCUUUAAUAAUCCCAGAGCUAAGUUAUGAUUUUCUGUUUCAUUUUUUUGGCAGG